AUGUCGGAGAUCUACCGCGCCAGUACGACCGCUCCGGUAAACAUCGCUGUAAUCAAAUACUGGGGAAAGCGCGACCCCAAGCUCAACCUUCCCACUAACUCCUCCCUCUCCGUCACCCUCUCGCAAGCCGAUCUCCGCACCCACACCACCGCCUCCUGCUCCUCAACAUACCCGAAAGAGGAUACCCUGCUCCUCAAUGGCAGCCCACAAGACGUCUCAGGCGCCCGAACGCAAGCCUGCUUCAGAGAACUGCGCGCCCUCCGCAAGCAGCUCGAAGACUCCAACUCUUCGCUCUCCAGGCUUUCCGAACUUCCCCUCAGGAUCGUGAGCGAGAACAACUUCCCCACCGCGGCGGGUCUCGCUAGUUCUGCCGCAGGAUUCGCUGCCCUUGUCAGGGCUAUCGCGAACCUUUACGAGCUCCCCUCCUCCCCCACUGAUCUCUCCCGCAUCGCUCGCCAGGGCUCCGGCUCCGCUUGCAGGAGUCUCUUCGGCGGCUACGUCGGCUGGGAACAAGGUUCCGCCACUGAUGGCAGCGACAGCGUAGCCUUCCAAGUCGCGCCCGCCUCACACUGGCCCAACAUGCGCGCCGUCAUCCUUGUUGUGUCGGCGGCUAAGAAAGGCGUGUCUUCCACGACAGGCAUGCAGACCACCGUCGCCACCUCCUCCCUCUUCGCUGCACGAGCGAACGAAACUGUCCCACGCCGUAUGGCAGAGAUGCAGAAGGCGAUCCAGGAGAAGGACUUCGAGGCUUUCGGUAAGGUCACUAUGAUGGACAGUAACAGCUUCCACGCCACGUGCCUGGACACGUAUCCCCCGAUUUUCUACCUCAACGAUGUGUCCCGCGCGGCGAUUAAGGUUGUUGAGAGCAUCAACGCGGCGGCGGGCAAGAUCAUCGCGGCGUAUACGUUUGAUGCGGGACCGAAUGCGGUGGUGUAUUACCUGGAGGAGAACGAGAAGGAGGUUGCGGGCUUGUUUAAGGCUGCGAUUGGGGAGAAGGAUGGCUGGAAGUGUGAGAGGGGUGAGAAGGUUGAGGCUAAUGGUGCAAACCUGGAGAAGAUUAAGGAGGAGGCUGGUGUUGCCGUGGAGCUGUUGAAGGACGGUGUGAGCAGGGUCAUUCUGACUGGCGUAGGAGAAGGACCCGUAAAAACGGGGGAGACUCUCAUCGAUGAGAAGGGUGAGCCUAUCUUGUAG